AUGGUGAAGCUCUACUGUGCGGUCGUAGGUGUGGCAGGCAGCGCGUUCUCGGUGCGAGUAGAUGAGAGCGACACGGUGGACGACUUGAAGGACGCGAUCAAGGCGAAGAAGCCGAACGACUUCAAGGACAUCGACGCAGACAAGCUGGAGCUCUACGUGGCGAAGAGGGAUGGUGUGUGGCUGACGGAGGCAGACGUGAAGAGCGGCGUAGCGGACAUCACGGGCCUCGUGCGGUUGGAAGUGGUGCGGGCGAAGCUAUUUAGUGUGGGGCUGUCGGAUGAAGUUGUCAGCGAAGUGGAUGCCCAAGAAGAAGCAGCAGGGAGAGGCCCGGUGAACGUGCUGGUGGUGGUUCCGAUGAAAAAGCGCAGAGUGGAUGCGGGAGUGGACGAGGAGAGGAGAUUUUUCGACACGAGAGACUUCCCUCCGCUGCUGGCGCCGCCACAGCGUGGCGCGACUGUGGAAUCACCAGAGGCGCAGUGGGAGAAGUUGUUGAAUUCGCUGGAGUGGAAGGAGCCAAAGCGACUUUGCGCAAGUUCUGGACAGAAUUGGCCAUAUCAAGGGGAAUCAGAGCUUGCGGGUCAUCUUGUGGAGCCGCUUGCACUGCAUUAUACUGCCUGGUAUCUCCAGAACGAGGACAAGCAGAAUCACGCCAUCAACCUAGUGCUGAGUGGACCAGGCACGGGAAAGUCGCGCAUGCUGGAUCAAAUGAAGGGCUUGAUGUGUGCAGCUGCUGCCCGCUCGAACAACCGAAAGCUCAAAGAGAGAAUGGAGAACGCAUUUGUGUUUAGUGUGACGUUCGAAAACGGCACUUCGGCGACUGGAUCAUUACUUGAUCGUGACAAUCCUGAGUUCGACAUCAGCUACCGAAUGCUCUACCAACUCUCGAAAGACAAAAAAGCGUGGCCGGUGUUUGUUGACAAGCUGCGCAUGAUGUGCUCAUCACUUCCUUUGCGUAUUCAGAUCGUGAUUGACAUUUUGGCCAAACUGAAAGGGAUUGACGAUGUGAAGAAAAUGACGGUGAUUUUGUGUGUCGAUGGCCUCCAGAAGCUGGUCAAUGAUGGUACCAAAAGCUGCGACUUCUACCGCGUGUUGGCUUCAGUCUGCAGCUUCUUGAAUUCGUCCAGAGCGUUUGCUGUUUGUGUUUGUUCGGCAACCGUUCAAAGUCCCGUCGAUAAGGCACUUUCGGACUCUCCUCAGAAGCGCGUGUUUCUAGUCCCACCUCCAUUACGUGGCCACGAAGUCCUGCCAACGAAGACAAGGAUCGAGAAGCAGUUGGUAGACGACAUGGGUGGGCAUGGACGAGCUCUGGAAACACUACAACUCUUUCUGAGCCACUACACGAAAGACCAAUUGGAGGAAAUGGACCCAACAUGGAUGUUUGAGAAAGUGUGCGAUGCGUUGCGACUCCAAUAUGGUGAUAUCUUUGCGUCUCCGUUUUUCCAAGAUCCGUACAAUUGCCGAGAAGUGCUCGCCGCAAUCCUCUCUCGUCGUCGUUAUAAGCUGUUUGAUCGUAUUGGGCGCACGGACAUGACCGUAGAUUGUCUUCGAAGCUUCGGAUUGUUCCGAUGGGGCGCGGAAGGCCAUUUGGAAUGCGCUUUCAUUCUUCUUGUGCUGCUGAUGCAGAAACUCCCGAAGAAGCUCGGUGAAGUAGAUAAUUUCGACGACCAUCUCACGCGUACGGUUUUGGUAUGGCAGCGAUUUGAACAAUUCGUGGCGUUUUACCGUCGAGUGAAAUCGAUCGCCUACUGCGAGACUCCGGUCGCACUGUCCAGUUUCCACGCUGGCGCUCGUUUUGGUGCUAUCCAAGACAUUAUUAUAACAGAGCCGACUUCACGCACUGUCGUGGAAGCACUGCGCCAAGAAGAUACAAAAUCCAGUUCCGAUGAUUCGACGUGCUUCACAAAUCGUGAUGGCGGCGUGAAGAUUUCAGAUAUGGAUACGAUCGUCAUCAACGGUGCUAGUGCUUCAGCUGGCGACUUAUUUAUGCGAGUUCAAUUGAAGGUCGGUCGUCAAAACGUCCAAUGCAACGAAGUGAUUCAAUGCAAGCUGCUUCAAACCAAGCAGAAGAUACACGAAGACGCGUAUGCCAAAGAACGAGCUAAAGCGGCAAACGAAAGCUCGGAUGUGUUUUUGCUCGUUACGCCAGCACAAGCGACAGAGUUUGAUCUUCCUCCACGAUGUGGACUUGUUUCAGCAAACGAGUUUGGCCGAUAUUUUGGACCGUUUACAAGUCGCGCGUAUCGGAGUUUUCUGGAGCCACCAAAUAUCAACACAGCUUCAUUCCAUGAGUUACGUCGACUCGAGGGCGUGGGUGACGCAACUGCCGCGAAGAUUAUCGCUGAGAGAACGAUACGCCGAUUCUCGAAUCUCGAAGAUGCAUUGAAUCGACUGGUUCCAAGCAAGAAAGGCAAGACCGCCAUGAUUCUGAGCCGCAUGCAUUACGAUGACGAUGAGGCUGAUCUGUAA